UUGAACUACGGUUGCGUGACGUCACCGGUGCGGUGGACUUACCCUUGUCGAUAGCAAGCAUCUAUAAAGGGAGAUAAUGUCGACUUCGAUGGUCCAUUCUCAACUGAUAACUCGACGAGGUGACAUCGACGAUGAAAGCAACUCGAAGCCACCUCACAAUAGGCCUAGUCUUCCUUCUAGUGUCUGGAGAUAUUCUUGGAGUCUCUUCGAAUGAAGGCGCAGAAGAUCCUACAACUACUCCUGCUGGGGCAUCCACCAACACCCCUGUAGCCACGUCCGAUGCAACGACAGCACCUGACCAAACAACUGCAGUGACCGAAGAACCGACAGCGCCUGACCAAACAACUGCCACGCCAGAAGCAACGACAGCACCUGACCAAACAACCGCUGCACCCGAAGCAACGACAGCACCUGACCAAACAACCGCCGCGCCCGAAGAAACAACAGCGCCUGACCAAACAACUGCUGCGCCAGAAGCAACGACUGCGCCUGACCAAACAACCGCUGCGCCCGAAGCAACGACAGUGCCUGACCAAACAACAGCCACGCCUGAAGCAACAACAGUGCCUGACCAAACAACAGCCACGCCUGAAGCAACAACAGUGCCUGAAAAAACAACUGCCGCGUCCGAAGCAACAACAGCGCCUGACCAAACAACUGCUGCGCCAGAAGCAACGACAGCACCUGACCAAACAAUCGCCACGUCCGAAGCAACGCCAGCACCUGACCAAACAACCGCCGCGUCUGAAGCAACGACAGCACCUGAUCAAACAACCGCUGCAUCCGAAGCAACACCAGCACCUGACCAAACAACUGCUGCGUCCGAAGCAACACCAGCACCUGACCAAACAACCGCUGUGUCCGAAGCAACGCCAGCACCUGACCAAACAACCGCUGUGUCCGAAGCAACACCAGCACCUGACCAAACAACUGCUGCGUCCGAAGCAACACCAGCACAUGACCAAACAACCGCUGUGUCCGAAGCAACGCCAGCACCUGACCAAACAACCGACACGUCCGAAGCAACGACAGCAUCUGACCAAACAACCGCCACGCCAGAAGUAACCACAAUACCUGCUGCUGUAACGACCACUCCGGAAGUAACAACAACACCUGCUGCUGUAACGACCACUCCGGUAGUUACGACAACACCUGCAGUAACAACCACCCCAGAACCUGACAUCCUAGAGAGCUUGAAGGCGAAAUUCGAAGGCAUAAGUAACCUACUCAAAGACCUGGAGACCUUCAUGGACAACAUUUUCAAGACCUUGGCAACACUGGCACCAGAUGCCGCCACCACUGAUGAUGGUGAUGAUAAGGAUGACAAAACCGAUGAUGGUGAUGAUAAGGAUGACAAAACCGAUGAUGGUGAUGAUAAGGAUGACGAAAAGGAUGAUGGUGAUGAAGAUCAGGUGAAGGGAAAGCUUCUCCAAGCCCUUCGAAGGGUCCUACGAGAGGUGACAGGCAGUGACAUCUGCAACACAGACAUCGAGGGAGAUGACAAGGUUCUGUGCACGAGACUGACUAGCGCCCUCGAAAACGUUAAAAAAGUUAGCGACGACUUCAAGGAUAGCGACGCGGCGACUAAGAAGCAGUUGGAAGAGAUCUCCAACGCCGAGAAUGACUUGGGAUCGGUCUACAAUGACAUGAACAAGGCGCCUGACAGCGUCAGGAGGAGUGUCAAGAGGGAGGCGUUCAAUGAACGCAUGGAGGAAGUCAAAUCGUCUGUCAAUGAUGCUAAAGAAAAAGUCGACGAAAUGAUCAAAGAUCAAUCCGGAAACGACAGCCAAACACUAGCCAUAGUUUUGGGGGUCCUAGGAGGUAUCGUAGGCCUGGCCAUCAUCGUCUUCGGCGUCGUCCGUGUUCUCAAGAAGAAGAAGAAGAAGAAUGCCCAGAAAUCACACGAGGAUCUUGGCGUCGUUGCAGGCCAAGAAAAUGAGGGGUUUUCGAACGCACCGUGAAGAAGGAAAACAUAAAAUAAAACCACAUUUGCCCAAUUUUUAGGCCUACAUUCCAGAUUUUCUUUUGUUGUUGUUGUUGUUAUUGUCAUCCUUUUGUAAUGUACGUGUUAUUCGUUAGUACUGAUGAAUGUGAAAACUAGAAUGGGCUCAGUGUCCAGCCAAGGUUCAUUUUUUAUAGUCCUAUGGACGGAAAACUAUUGCAUUGAUUUAAGUACAAAUCCUUUGCCUGUAUAUUAUUUUAUUUAUA